CUCAAAUCUGCUGACAGCGCUGUACGGUGGUGCUCGCUCCGUGACAGGGGUACAGAAUGCAAUUGGUUUUUCGUUCCGACUAGCUCUGUUGUCAGGAUCAAUUCCUUGAACUCUUUGUCUCACGGCGGUAUAUUGUCAACGUUGUUUUUUAGCUCCCUCUUUCGUUGGCAUUCUGCGGCUUGCAUCAGUUCUGUUUCUUCGCAUGCCGUGGGGCUUAAAGGUCUCUGGGAGCUAGGAGACGAUGACGAGGUGUUGAAGACAUCUGAACGGAGAAGUAAACAAAAUAUGUGAUGGACCAGCAGAGGGCGCUGCAUUCUGGCUGUAUUGUUACAGGGGUGCGCACACCCCCCAUCCGUCGCAACAGCAAGCUAGCCACCCUGGGGCGCAUCUUCAAGCCCUGGAAAUGGAGGAAAAAGAAGGGCGAGAAGAUGAAGCAGAGUUCUACAGCUCUGGAGAGGAAGGCCAUGGCUCGUCAGAGCCAGGAUGAGCUGGUCCGGAGGGGGCUGGCAGAGAUGAUGGAGUCAGAUUCGGCGUUGGCCUGCGGGGGCUGCAUGGAGGACCCGGGCACCCCCACAAGCGACUACUCAGACGGGGAGGAGAGGGAGCAGGAGCCACUGGCGCCCCUGGUCAACCUCAGCACCAUGGAGGACCUCGGAUCAGACGAGGACAACUCCUCCACAGUGCGGGACUCCACAGAAGACAACGAGACGGCCGCGGACCACAGCCAGAACGAAGAGGAGGAGGAAGAGGACGAAGAUGCCCCAUCGGUCGACCUGUCCUGCAGUGCCCUUCUGGGCAGGGCGGAGAACCACGAGGGGGAGGAAGAGGCACUGGGCCACGGAGAUCCCAACACCCCGCCCCCUCCGGGUCUGCCGGCCAAACUGCUGACCAGGCUGGGCAGCCUGGAAGGCUCUCAGACGGAACUGGGGAAGCCGCCCCAGACCUCCCUGCAGAGGAGCUCCACCCUCCCCCGCCAGGCCCCCCGGGGCCCCGAGGGCCAGGGGACCCUCACUCUGCGGGGCCCCAUGUCCAACCCCGCGGGCUCGCCCCACCUGGGCCUGCUCCACCCGCAGCUGCCCCCUAGCUGCAUCAUCGAGGAACUGCACCGCGCUCUGGCCUCCAAGCACCGGCAGGACAGUUUCCACGGCAAGGACGUGCGCUCGUCGCCCAAGCGGCGGUCUGACUGCAGGUUCUCGCGCACCUCCAGCCAGGAGAAGGAGCCGAGCGGGGAGGCCGACUGCAAGAAGGAGGCGGACGAGAACAAGGAGAACCUGCGCCUGGACCAGUACUACAGCGACACCUCCGGCCUGCUGCACGACCAGGACAGCUGGAACGAGUCCGUCAUCUCCGGGACGUUGCCUCGUAGGAUGAGGAAGGAGCUCCUGGCUGUAAAGCUGCGAAACCGACCCAGCAAGCAGGAGCUGGAGGACCGUAACAUCUUCCCCGUGCGCAGCGACCAGGAGCGGCAGGAGAUCCGCCAGCAGAUCGAGAUGAAGCUCGCCAAGAGACUAAGCCAGCGGCCGGCUGUUGAAGAACUCGAAAGUAGGAAUAUCCUAAAGCAGAGGAACGAUCAGUCGGAGCAGGAGGAGAGAAGGGAAAUUAAGCAGAGGCUGAACAGAAAGCUCAACCAGCGGCCCACGGUCGAUGAACUGCGGGACAGGAAGAUCCUCAUCCGCUUCAGCGACUACGUCGAGGUGGCCAAAGCUCAGGAUUAUGACAGACGAGCUGACAAGCCUUGGACCCGGCUCUCUGCGGCUGACAAGGCAGCAAUACGGAAAGAGCUGAACGAGUUUAAGAGCAACGAGAUGGAGGUCCACGCCUCGAGCAAGCACCUGACAAGGUUCCACAGGCCGUAGCAAGGUUUCUUCUGUGAAGAAUUGCUGAACCUGGUUCUGUCAGCGAAGACCUUGAGAGGAUUCUUCCUGUGCCCCGGCCCAGCCUGCGGUGGGUGUCUGAUAUUUAGGCGCAGUGCACCUCGGAGGCUAUGUCUCCACAGUGGGCGCUGCCGGGGAGAGGCGUCCCACGCCGGGGAGGAGGGGAGGGGGAGCCCCCACAUCCACUCAGACGGACAUCUCCUGAGGUUUACCGAGGACGGCAGGAGAAACCCGAGAUCCCACGUGCUGUUUGUUUCCAAGAUCUUUUUUGUUUUGGGAAUUUUUAUUUUUACGGACUCUGUGAAAGGCAGCCUUUUGAUUAUCAGGUGUGGAGACGUGCAUGUGACCAGCUUACCCUUAUCCUGCACCGUUAAUGUUAGUCACACCUCCGGCGUUGUGGGCUCUCACUGAUCUCCAGCAAAAUUUGAUAUCAACCGUGUACUGUAAAUGUCUAUCUUAACAGGAAUUCAUGUCUUAACACGAGAAAAAAAAAUCCCUUUGUAAGCACUAUUUAUUGUCUGCACAAUACAAGUUUUGAAUUUUUAAAAA